CUCUGGUUUCAGCGCGUGGCAUAACGACCAUCCACACUCAACCUAUCUGCCAACUUUUCAACCUCUCCUGAUUGCUUUUAACCAUUACAUGCGCACCUCACAUGUCCCAUCUUGGAGUUGGAUACAAGCCGGGUGACAUUGUGAGUGCAAGCUAUAGUUUUAAGAAGGAUAAACACGAAGACCUCUCAUUCAACCGCAAUGAACAGCUACGGAUUCUGAACAUAGCCAAGGACCCUAACUGGGCGCAUGCCAAAAAUGCGAACGGCGAAACUGGUCUCAUCCCACUCAAUUAUGUCAAAUUGUCAGGCACCUCUUCCGUUGAUCUAACCUGCUACCAAUGGUUCCAUGGUCGCAUCUCUCGUGCCGAAUCGGAAAAGAUCCUCGCAGGUCACCCACCUGGCAGCUUUAUGAUUCGCAACUCCGAUCUUUUCACUGGUGACCUCACCCUGUGUGUUGUUGGGCCACCCCAGUCGUUGGAUGCUCACCUGAACGCAAUGAACGGCGGCAGCAACUACCAGGUAUCGAUCAAUAUGGACGACCUACCCCUAACCAACGUACAACACUAUCACAUCAUUUGCAAACAUGUAAACGACAUGGCGCCCGCCACGAGCCGUGCCCGUGACAUUAACGAGGUGACCACACAUUACAGUUUAGACGAAUAUGAUUGGUUCACCAAUCUUCAGGAUUUGAUUGAGUAUUAUGCCAUUCCGGACAGUGGUUUGGUCGCCCCAUUGAAGUACCCAGUCCCUGAUCUGCUUCGUGAGCGUUUGAAACGUCUACGUGAAAGUGGUUGGCUCAUCUCUAGAAAGGAGUUGGUCCUCGGCGAUCAAAUUGGACGUGGUGAAUUUGGUGAGGUCCUACGUGCAACGUAUAAGCAUACGGAUGUCGCGGUGAAGAUUUGUAAAAAGACCGCGUGCAAACUGGCCGUCACCUACGAAGCGGCAUUGAUGACCAACCUCCGACAUCCGAAUUUGGUCUCUUUUGUUGGUCUCGUGUACGAACCGGAAGAUAAUGCAAUCUAUCUCGUUACUGAAUACCACGCCCAGGGUAAUCUACUUACCUACCUUCACUCUCGUACUCGAGAUGAGGUCACCGAAAAGGACAAAUUACAGUUCAGCAUUGACGCAUGCCGUGGUUUGUCCUACUUGGAAGAACGUGGUAUAAUUCAUCGGGAUAUUGCUGCUCGGAACAUCCUUCUGUCUGGACGACCUCCACGAAUCGUCGCCAAAGUAGCCGAUUUCGGCAUGGCUCGAGACCUAACUCACGCGACCCCGUAUCCAAACGGUCACUAUGCAACCGGGGCUACAUCCCCAAUGGUUACUUCUCCUGCGUCGACUUACGGUCGAGAUCCGUUGGAUCAUGUCACCCCGUUCUCUGAGCGACACUGCGCCUAUUCGUCCGAGUUGGAAAGCUUGGACACGAUGCACAGUUUGUCGUUGCACGACAAUGCCGCAAUCCCAAUCAAAUGGUCCGCUCCAGAAGCCGUGCGGAAGCGGCAAUUCACAAUCAAAUCAGACGUGUGGAGCUUUGGCAUUCUGUUGUGGGAAAUCUACUCUUACGGUCGUAUUCCUUAUCCUCGAAUGCUUGCAUCGCAAGUUCUCCCCCAACUGAAAGCUGGCUAUCGCAUGAAAGCCCCAGAAGGCUGUCCUCCGGAGAUCUAUCGUCUGAUGCGUCAAACGUGGAAUAUUGAUCCGGAAGAGAGGCCUAGUUUUGCUACCAUGCUGACCGAAUUGACUUCCCUGUCGACAGUGCACCCCGUUUCCACCGUUGAACGGGUCCUGAACAUACGUUCUCCGUCAGUUGGUCGAACUCCGGUGUCUAUGAGCUCAUCCGGUACGUACGUCGUCGCGCUGGCCCCCAGAGCCGAGAUAGAUGACGAUCCAUGGUUCUCACGGUCGGAAAGACGACGAAGCCUCUCGAAUGGGCAUGGAAGCCUUCGGACGGACAAUUUGGAGGACUUCGCUGAAUCCUACCGAGUUUUGACCACACCAAGACUCCCGCGAGCAUAUCAAACCCUUACACAAAAUGAAGGCAAACGAAUGAGUCGGUCGUUUACUCUCACCAAGGCGAAUAUCGACGAUCGAUCGAAUGGGGCUAACGGCACCACUGUGCUCAUUGAGAAUGCAGGUCAUUCAAUUAAGUUACUUCAGUCCCGUUGAAAGUGCGUGCACGCAUGUCAUUAUCAUUAAUUUAUUGCUUGUGACCACGGCACUGGAAUACCAGCAAUCAGGACCAUUAUUUUUUCGUCAGAUUUCCCACCUAAUGUGUUUCUUCCAUCUUCCCCCGCCUCCUGUACAGCCACAUCCUUGUCAUUAUUCAAACAAAUCUCUCCUAAUGAUUCUCCACGUGUUCUUUUUUCCUGUGAAUACCACUCAAUUGUAGGUGAUGCCGGAUAAGACCUGUGACCAACCUGAGUUACUUGUUUUCGCAUUCCAUUUCAUGCGCCUACGGUUCACUGGUAUUCAUACUCAAGCCUUUCCAUCUUAUUGUUUAUCAUGAAACUGCUCGCAUCAGUUACCCGCCUCCUUCUCUCUCUUUAAUGAGUGGUACUGUUUUUUUUCUUCAUUUCUUUCUACUCGUUCAGACGCAACGUAGAAACAACGCAGUAUGUCCCAUCCUCUUCCUGAAUUCGUAUCUAUGGUUCAUUCUACCGGUAGGAUCGCG